AUGGGCAGGAAGGCCAAGAAAGAAAGUUUUGGUUUUGAUGCUGAUAAUUCUAACAAAAAUGUAUCCGGGCGGGUGGCCUAUGGAACUGCAAAACCCAAAAAAUGGUCUAAGAAUCACAAUACUUCAUCAGAGCCACAACCAUCAAUUAUAAGGAAACAGAUCGAUCCUGAAACAACAAAAUAUUUUUCAGAGAUUGCAAAUCUUUUUGAAAGUGGUGGAGUUGAUUUGGAGGAGCGUCCGGUUAUAUGUGGUAAUGCUCUUGAAGAAGCUAGAGGAAAAGAAUUUGAACUGGCAACUGAUUAUUAUAUAAGCCACUAUCUGCAAACCCUCCUCGAGGGCUGUGAUGUGGAUCAUCUUUGUGACUUCCUCCGAGGCUCUGCGAAGGUUUUUCCUUUAAUUUCAAUGGAUAGGUCCGGUUCUCAUGUUGCUGAGACAGCUCUUAAGUCUUUAGCUAUGCAUCUUCAGGACGAUGAGGCUUAUUCUGUUAUUGAAGAGACUCUAACUAAUAUAUGCAAGGUAAUUGUAGCCAGUCCUGUUGAUAUGAUGUGUAAUUGCUAUGGAUCACAUGUUUUCCGAAGUCUUCUUUGUCUUUGUGGAGGAGUGCCAUUAGAUUCCCCGAUAUUCCAUCGAGCAAAACCAUCAACGAUUCUGGCAGAGCGUUUGAACCUAAGCACCUCUUCAGCACACGGGAAUAAUUCCUCACAUCUUCAGGGAGGAUUUCCUGGUUUACUUAAGUUCCUUGUAUCAGGAAUGUUGAAAUGUAGUGAAGAAGACUUGGAAACUCUUCUAGUUGAUCAGUACAGCAGUUUGACAGCUUUGAAUUUAUUAGCAGGGCAUGAUCAAGAGUUGUUGCAGAUAAUUCCGAUCCUACUUGGUUGCAGAAAAGAAAAUUCAACAGAAGGAAACUUCAUAGAAAUGGGAACAGUUGGUGACAUUGUUGAAUCAAUGAAAGAAACUGCAUAUAGCCACCUAAUGGAGGUAAUCCUGGCAGUGAGUCCUGAAAGCUUGUAUGAUGAAAUGUUCACAAAAAUUUUCAGGAAAUCGCUAUUUGAGCUUUCAUCCCAUCAUUGUGGCAAUUUCGUUGUUCAAGCCUUAGUUUCUCAUGCUAGAGAUCGGGAACAAGUAUGUGCUAUAAGAUUGCAUCUCUCUCAACUCAGUCCUGCAGUUCUUACUUCUCACCUAAUGAAUGCUUGA